UUGGCACAGCUUGGAUCGGAUUGACUGAUAGACAAACUGAGGGGCGGUGGCGAUGGUCUACCAAUAGGACUCUUGGUUCAUUCAACGACUGGGCGAGCGGUAAUCCUAACAACUAUUUGAACGCGGAACACUGCGUGGCAUUUCGCAGGGAAGACAAUUACAAGUGGAAUGAUAUCGACUGUACAGAAUACCGCAGAGCUAUUUGUCAAAAGCG